UAAACCAAAUUUAAUCCUUUUGAAAAGUGACCCAGCAAGGAUUUUGCAGGGAGCAGCAUUUACCUCUCCAUAUGCAGCACGCUAAUUACGGACUUUUGCGUGGCUCUCUUCAUGGGCUACAUGGUGGUCACGACCAUUUCUAAAGUUCAAAUUGACGGCCUUGUGGUUUUGAUUGCCACCGUGGUGAUCUGCUGGCUUGGUAUUGUUGUUAUCUGCUGUUCGGCUCAGGACAUGGAGCAAAAGUUAAAGUGGGACAUUGGACUGGCAUUAAAAACACUUGAGAAUUCUAAAAUGAGCAAAAGUUCAAUUUAUCUUAUGAAUUAUUUUCUGACGCACGUUUUACGGAAUUUCAAAGAAGUCAACUUUGGUGGAUAUAUACGCGUGGGAAAAGGACUACUCUCUACGUUAUCCUACAAUUACCUAGCAAACUUGGUGGUCAUAGUGCAACUGCACUUGAGAAGCUCGGUCAUUGAAAAUGCUAGGGAUUUAUAUGACUUACGCUCCGCAUUAUUUCAAAGGGAGUGAAGAGGAUCAGCUUUCUCUGAUCAACAACAAACAAUGUAAAAACAUAUAAAAAUACUCUUAAAAAUCUUAUCAACAAAGAUUAUUUUAAAUUUUAAUCGCAUAUUUAUAUUUAUUAUCAUUUUGGUAGAAAAAAAUUUCAUACCGUGAAGAUAGAAGCAAAAAUAAAUG